UGCGCAUGCGUAUUUCGGAACAGGAACCUUAGGCAUAAUUGAAGUUGGGAGUUGUUACUACGAGGAGUUAAACUGAUAUUAAUAGUAUAAUACCAAUACUCAGUAAUAGAUCAUUAUUAGCUUACGAAAAACCAACCAUCAUUAUGAGGCAGAAGUCGGAUAUCGAAGGGAAAGGAGAAUUCCGUUGUUGCUUGUGUUGUCACGUUCGGACUGGAUCCAUAAUUCUUGGAAUCUGGCACUUGGUUUUGCAUGUAUUUGCCUUGGGGAUCCUGGCAAGCAUUGUUUUUCAUCCUGACCUGAUGUGCCAAAAGCUGGCUCAGUGGAAGACAUCUGAUAUACACACCGAUGAGCUGGGCACUUCAAUUCAUGGAGGAGGGAUGAAACCUAAUCCAAACUCUCAGUUGCCCGAACUUCCCGAGCUAAGUGCAGGUCCAGCAGGGGACUACGCUUUCUUGAGAGAAUGGAAGUGGGAUUUAAAGGAUGUUCAUGUUGCCAUGGCAGUUACCCUCUGUACUGGACUUAUCACCUCUCUCAUGGUGUACGGGGCCGUCCGAGGUUGUCCUAGUUGUUUGAUGCCGUUCUUCUGUCUUCAAGUUUUUGACUUCAUGAUCUCCGCAUUGUCUGUGAUUGGUUACUUUUCCUACAUGCCCAACCCUCGGGAGAUCAUCCAGAACUCUCACGACAUUCCAUUUCAGAAAGAGCUGUUGCAACUUGAUGCUCAGUGGUUGUGUGCAAUUGUCAUGGCAGCAUUCAUUGUCUGUAUGUUGGUGAAGGCCUACUUUAUGGGAGUGGUUUGGUCAUGUUACAAAUACUUGAAGCUCCUACAGAUGACUCAGAUAGUGGAUAAUUACCUGGAUGUCGAGGAAGAGAUGUUGCUCCCCACAGAUUAUGAGAUGGGGGUCAAGUCCCCUCUUUAUUUGUCCCCAUAUGGACAACCACCACCACCACCAUACACCCCACCUACCACCAAUGAUGUGUAAAGGGUGUAACUACAUCAGUAGAGUGAGGUGAAAACUCACCCAAUACAGCUUUUCUUGAGUUAUGCUUGUGAAGUUAGUCAGUGUUGUGAUUAUUUCUUGGUAAAGAAAACAAAGCACCUGUGUUAGUAGUCACUUUAACUUUAGAUAUUUACAAUUUUAUCAGAAUGUGAGUUAAGGGUAGUUGAGAUCUCUUUUUCAAGUUUUGACAUUUUACAGAAUCUUGUCAUGUGGAGUUGUUUGGAAAUUCUUGGUUGCAGGUAGUUUCUGCUUCAUUACAUUUAAAUAUUACCACUUUUAUUGUAGCGAAAGCACAGAUUAUGUAAUUAAUUGUAUAAAUAAAUUAUAGUGCUCCAUA